AUGAAUAAGGUGAGAUCGCCGUCAGCUCAGCCAUUCCGCAGGGGUGCUGAAGGUGAGACCCCGGCAGAUGAGCGACUGGUUGUCCAUGCGGCAGAUUUCGCGGCAGGAGGUGUGGUGGAGGCGGCAGGCCAUCCGACGAAGUCGCGUCAAGGCUGGGUGGGGGAAGUUGAAUCGUACCGUGGAGAUAAUCCAGGCUCAGCCCGCGGGUGCAUCCCUAGCGAAUGUAGACUGCGGUUUCAGACGACUGCGGCGAAUUGUACGGAAUGCUCUGUCAGCGGCAUAAUGAUGGAUCCAGUUAUGUUGAACGGACCAGGCUAUUGUGGAUCACUGCGGGCUGUAUCGUCGGGAGGUGGGGAACUUCCUACCCACCACGAUGACAAGACUUCUCAGAGAUUCGUGGGGGGUUUUGUUCACCGAACUGAGCGAGCGGAACAUCGUCGGGUAGGGAUUCAAGGUGAGCUCUCGACAUCUGGCCUAAACAUGGAGGAACGAGGCAAGCUUGGACGGGACGUAGAGGCUGGUUCGUCGGCAUGGCAGGCGCGAGCUCCAGCAACCAGAGAUAGUGGUGGUCAACACACGGUGGGGUCUUCGGACGAGGGGGAAUCAUUCCACACGGACAUUCCGCCGGAGCAGAAUAAGCUCUACUUGGAGAGAAUAAUGCACAUUACGGAUGAAGGACCCUUCACGGCAGGUGUGCUGCCAUCGAGAGAGGAUUUGGUGCGGCGUCUGCUCCCAGUCCUGCCACCAAACUGCGCGAUUUUAUUCAUGAAAAACUCCAUUGAGAGCUUGUAUGACGAUUCCGUAGCUGCUGUCAGUUCCGCGCAGGCUGCUCUCAGUUCUUCUAAAGGGGGUGGCAGUGGGUGUACAAAGGGGGGAGAUGAUUACGCGGGCAGUGCCUCCACAGGGAAGCCGUUGGAAUUAUCAGGGGGAAGUGUCGUAGCUUCUCCUUCCAACAGAGUUUCUGCAAGAGCUGCCGUCAACAGGGAUAACGAGCGGGAGGCACGUUUGUUGCAACCGGGAGUGGAAUGUGGUCAGAAGAUGGUGGGGGAUAGAUGCGACGCAGACCUAUUCGCUCGGGGGGCAUUCAAGCAUAUCUGGGGCCUACGCCAGUGCGACUUUGAGGAAGCUCGCAAGAAGGCUUUGGAGGGGGUGAAUGGAAAGUCUGUAGAAGUGGAAGGCGUGAGCAAUGAGCUGAGUCAAUUAAGAGCGGUUAUGUAUGUGGUGCGAGAGGAGUGGGAGGCGUUUACGCUCAACUCUUGUUCCCAUACUGGGGUUGUCAGGGCGGUUGCUUCAGAAGUCAGUCACGUCAGUGUUCGGAAUAGGCCACCAGUCGUGUGCAAGGGUUUGCCAACGAUGGCAGUCGGCGGAGUUGGUUGUCAGCACUGCCGGAAGCAGCAGAGCCGGGCAUGCAGCGGGUGGUGGAGAUCUCGUUAUGUGUUAAUGCGUGUGAUAGUGACUCUCGCGGAUCGUUCUUCAGACGGCUCCAAGCUGAAGAGUGUUCCAGCUUCAAAAUGUUCUAGGCAUGUGGAGGGUGGGUCAGGUGACGUGAGCAGUUGCCCGGACUGCAAGCUUGAGCAGAGGAAGAAAAGCGAGGAGCUACACGGAAGCACAAAGUCAUCAUUUGUUUAUCAGGCGUGGCCCCCAACUCCCGAAGGGUCAGGUCUUGGCACCCACCCGGAGAAAACUCCGUUGUGCACCGGCGUGGAAGCCGUCGGCACAGAACUUAGCCCUCCGCGUCAAACGUCUCCGCUUCAAUCCAGCCUUAGCGAUUCAUCUGUCCCGUUUCAACAACAAGGGGGACUGCGUACAGGUUGCUGCAGCGGUGAUCAAGCUGCUGGGGGUUGCAGUUGUGUUGGGGCACCCACGCCUAUCUAUAUCUUCAAACACGGAAGUGUCCCGUCGGGCUGUAUGGAUGAUGGAGUACAACUUGAGCUGAAGGAAUUUGCAGCGGAGCCUUUCUGGCAUGGAUAUAGAGAGUCAAAUCAUGAGCUCCAUUCGGGGGGAAACCAAAAAAUAGCAGAAGCAUUAGACAUGGGGUGUUCGCAAGCACAAGUUACGUUGGACGCCAUUAUAAAGGGGGAAUGGUAUUUUUCCAAGGCAUCAGAAGAGUCACUAUUACGUAUAAUAGAAAAUACAAAUAAAAAGAUAGAAGCGCCGAUGGAACCAAACGUUGCCGGCGAUCUCCGUGUAGAAAACGGAAAUGACUCAAGGGAGGCGAAUGAAAGACUUACAAGACUUGCCUCACUUUUGUCCUCUCCUUGUGAUAGCUUCGAGGGUUUCGUUUCUAGUGGAUGUGGAGAUGCGCAGCGCGCUGCGCAAGAGUUGUCCAGCAACAACAGUACGGCAGACAGCCGUCCGCUACUGCCUCACCUUUGGGGAGCCUGUGGCGGGGAGAAGGCCGUUGACGUGCCGAGCAGCGAUGUUCCCCUGCGCGGACCGUCCCACCAGCAGGUCCAAGGAAAUGUGGGGGCAACGCUAAGAGACGGAGUAUGGCAGUACUCAGGUGCCCAUAGAGGUAAACGCAGGGUUCUGCGGAGAAGUUUCAAGUCUCAGACGGCUUCAUGCUUCGACUCAGCAGGAGGGGCUCGAAGAGUCUUGGCACACUGCUACGCCGUAUGCGCUAGCACCAUUAGGAUGGAGGUGGUUGCAGAGGCGCAGAACAGCUAUUUGGGAUUGUGUAUGGAGGAGCGUGAGUUGGCUGCGGUUUUUCUGGAGUUCGUGGCACUUGUAGCCCCAGGUGCAAUAAAUACAGGUGACGACAACGGUGGUAUAGGCGUUGAGCAGCCAACAUUUGACGUCUCAGACCCCGUUGAUGACAUUGAACGAAAAGUUCGUGCAAGUUACAAACGGAAGCAGGUACACAUGCGGCAGUCGAGAGUUUCCGUAGCCUAA